AUGCCUGCUUCGAGGCGAGGUCUCAACAACCCCGACGACCCGGACACAAUCCGCAUCCUGGUCGCGACGGACAGCCAUGUUGGGUACAAUGAGCGCGACCCCAUCCGCGGCGAUGACAGUUGGAAGACCUUCCACGAGGUCAUGAUGCUGGCCAAGAAGCACGACGUCGACAUGGUCCUGCACGGCGGCGACCUCUUUCACGAGAACAAACCGAGCCGGAAGAGCAUGUAUCAGGUCAUGCGCAGCUUACGGAUGAGCUGCUUCGGGGACAAGCCGUGUCAGCUCGAGAUGUUAAGCGACGCGAGCGAGAACUUUCAAGGAGCGUUCAACCACGUCAACUACGAGGAUCCAGAUUUGAAUGUUGCAAUUCCUGUCUUCUCGAUCCAUGGAAACCACGACGAUCCGUCGGGAGAAGGCCACUACUCGGCCAUGGACUUGCUCCAAGUCUCUGGUCUGGUCAACUACUAUGGACGUACGCCAGAGUCGGACAACAUCCGGAUCAAACCUGUCCUACUCCAGAAAGGCCACACGAAGCUCGCUCUUUUCGGUAUGAGCAACGUCCGUGACGAGCGUCUGUUUCGAACGUUCAGAGAUGGCAACGUCAAGUUCUUCCGCCCCAGGACGCAGCAAGAUGACUGGUUCAAUCUUAUGAGCGUCCACCAGAACCACAAUGCGUAUACUGCGACUGGUUAUCUGCCUGAAAGUUUUCUUCCAGACUUUCUAGACCUUGUCGUGUGGGGUCAUGAGCAUGAGUGCAAGAUUGAGCCAACCAAGAAUGGGGUGACGGGCUUUCACGUCAUGCAACCUGGUUCUUCCGUUGCGACUUCGCUGAUGCCAGGCGAGGCGGUAGGAAAGCAUGUCGCAAUUCUGAGCAUUAAUACCAAGGAAGAUAAGAGGUUUGAGGUCACGCCGAUCAAAUUAAAGACGGUACGGCCUUUUGUUAUGAGGGAGAUCGUGCUAUCGGAGGAGCGGGCUGUCAAGGACGUCGCGAAAAAGGACGGUAAUCGUACCGCGAUCACUAAACACCUGAUUGGAAUCGUCGAGAGUCUCAUCAAGCAGGCGAAUAAGGAAUGGCUUGCUGAUCAAGACCCCGACGAGGACGACGAGCCAUUAGAAACUCCACUACCACUAAUCCGCCUUCGCGUUGAGUAUACGGCACCUGAUGGAGGCCAUUUCGAUUGCGAAAAUCCCCAGCGCUUCUCGAACCGUUUCAUCGACAGGGUUGCAAACGUCAACGAUGUUGUACAAUUCUACCGUAACAAAGCUAAAGCGGGAAGAAAGGAGAAGAUGGAACUAGACAUGCCCGAGGAGUCGGUAGUCUCUCGGCUGAAUACCGACAAUAUCAAGGUUGGAAAGCUCGUGCGGGAGUUUCUCUCGGCUCAGACUUUGACUAUCCUACCGGCAAACACCUUUGGCGACGCGGUUAGUCAGUUCGUCGACAAGGAUGACAACAGAGCAAUGGAGGUUUUCGUCAACGAAGCCCUCGCAGAUCAGAUGUCGCAUCUACUCGAGACCGACGAGAUGGACGAAGAUGAGAUCGCGACUGCAAUGAACGAGUACCGGGCCAAGCUUGAAGACAUGUUUGCCGCGGGCCAAAAGAAAACGAGGACGACGCGGAAGCUGAAGCCUAAGCCGGACAAUUGGGACAGUGACCUGGAUGGUGAUUGGGCCGAUCAACCCGGAGCCAUCGACCGUGGCGAUGAAAUGGAUGACGACAGCAACUCGAGGGCGAGCUCAGUUCAGCCCAAGACCACUGCCACGCGCGGCAGGGGACGUGGUCGUGGCAGUCGUGCAACAGCUACCACUUCUCGUGCAACAACGAAGAAGGCACCCGCGAAGCCUACUGUCACAAGUAGUCGCGGCAAAAAGCGUGUUCAAGAAGAGGAAGAAGAGGAGGAGGAAGACGAUGACGACGACGUCAUUAUGAUUGAUGACGACGACAGUGAGGACGACGAAGAAGAAUCGGAUUCAGAGACCUUAUUCACAAAGCCAGCGCCGCUCAAGAAGACAACCGCCAGACAGAAAGCGGCAGCCAGCAGAUCCACGACCACCACACCGGCGCGAUCGCAACGGGCCGCUAGCCCCGCAAAGAAGAAGGCGCCAGCAGCGAAGCCAGCUCCGCGGCAGAGCAAGCUGAACUUCUCCCAGUCCGCGGCCAGCUUGCCGAGCCAAACUGGAAGGGGCACGAGCGCCAGGAAGAAGCCGCCGACUGACGAUGAGAUCUCCGACGACGACGACGCUUUCGAGCCUCCGGCGCCCACGGCCAGAUCCACGCGGAGGAGAUAG